AGGUAAGUACCAAUUGUGCGUUAAGCGGACGUUACCGAUCCUUCUCGCCUUUUGCGAAAUCGCCGAAAUGAGUAAAUGAGAGUAUUUGAAAAGCAGUGCUACAGUUUUGCUGCUCUGAUGCAUCGAAAACAUCACCGUAUAUAAAUCUUCUCCGUGGUGCAUGUUUGUGCACAUUGAACAUGCGCAGCAAACAUUUGAUUUUGCUAUUGAUAACUUCAUUGUACUUAAUACGUUUUAGAUUAAUUUUUUUAGCGCAAAGCUGAUUUUAAUUGCGUGUCGCUAUCCUUCCUGUUAAAGCGCAGGUGGUGAUUCAACUUGGCCUUACCUCCUAAAUUCCUAACACCCUGUGCGGGUUGAACUUGAAGCUGAAAAAUUUUCUCGCUUUAUCAGCAAAGCUUUAGCUUGUUGGCAGUUCCUGUAUUUUCAUCUUUUCGCAGUGACUGCCAUCCUCCAACAAGUAAUAGUUGAAUCAAUGUAGCGCACUCAGGCGUAGCUACUCUCUACAGUCUGGAUGAGCGUAUAUUAAUGAUGUGGGAGGCCCAUAUCAUCAGAUCAUCAUGAGCUCUGCUCGAUCGUUCUUAACAUCCCAUCUCAACAGCUGGGCGCCAGCGCGACUCCGCCGCAUCCUCCCCCUGAUCUUCUGCUGCACCCUUUCCCUCACCACGCUUUUCUCAGUUCUCCCUUUCAUCGCCUCAUUAGACAGGCACUAUCCCAGACACUGCCCCUCCCCUGCGCUUUUUCCCUUGGAAGACAAUGAGGAAUACGUGUGCAAUGCCAGCGGGUAUUACGAUGCCUACCACCAUCGUCCCGUGCGCUGGCGGAUCUUCUAUGAUCAGCAGGAUCCCCUUAAUGGGUCGGAUAUUACGCCGCUUUGCGACAAGACCCCCGCGACGCUGAUUGGACGGCAGCGUGUCCCCAUGGCGGUGCGCACGGAUGCGGAGAUCCUCACAGAUAAUCCGCAUGUGCAGCGUGGAGGGCACUGGCGUCCCACACACUGCGUGCAGCGAGGACGGCGUCGGUUGGCUGUUAUAGUGGCCUACCGCAAUCGCGCAGAACAUCUGCAAGUUUUAUUGAAUACUUUGCAUCCAUUUCUUCAAAGGCAGCAGUUGGAUUACACCCUUUUCGUUGUGGAGCAAGCCGGAAAUGGUGUAUUCAAUAAAGGCAAAGUGUUUAAUGCGGGAUUUUUGGAGACCAAUAAGCUCCGUAAUUACACCUGUUUCGUCUUUAAUGAUGUGGAUCUGCUACCGGAAAAUGACAGAAACUCCUACAACUGUCCGGAAUACCCGACAUUGUUAGCAAGAGCCAUACAAAAAGUUAAUUAUCAGCCGAUGUACGCCCACCAUUUUGGCGGAGUGGUGUCCUUUGCCAGUCACCAUUUUCGAGAAAUUAAUGGCUUUUCAAACCUGUAUUGGGGCUGGGGUGCGGAAGAUGAUGAUCUACUUGCGCGUGUAAAUGCGAGAAUCGGCGCAUGGAACAAGGCACCGGUGGAUAUCGGUCAGUACACCAUGAUUAAGCAUGGCAAUGAUGUCGGCAAUCCGCAAAAUCCCGAACGUCACAAACUUUUGGGUACCGCAGCCGAACGGCUUGAUACAGAUGGCUGUCCAGUGUUACGUAUGCCGCCCUCACCAUUGAACGGCGACCGUUGUACACGUGGAUUCUGGUGGAUGUUGGUCAGCCGCGGUGAAAGCUGGCAUUUGUGUGGUGCUGUCACUACUGUUAUGCAUUGCUCAGAGGUGGAUUUGUGAUAGACAAUCUUGUUGUGAGCAUGGAAGAAAAAUUAAUGGCUGUCUUAAUUGGCUAACAGAGAUAUUCGUCCUUGUUUGAGAGUUGUGAAACCGGUAUUGUUACAUCGAUCACUUCUGAGUUUUCGUGCACUGUAGCUUACAGCUUGUGGUUUUU